CCAAUUUUAGGUUCGGAAAACCGAGCCUGAGGGUCGGACAUCCCUCGUUCAUUUCACUGUUUUCAAAAACAUAAAUAUCAGUUUCUCUUCACAAUUUUCUCGGCAAUACAUACAGUCGUUUCUUUUUCACUCUGAGAGUCUGAAUAUAUCUGCUUUGGUGAUUAAAUAGGAGCUCCGAAUCAGGAAAUGGAGGAGCACGUUGACAGUUCGGAUCCUAAAGGGGAGUCGUUGAUGGAGAAGAUCGCCGACAAAUUUCACGGUGACGACUCCUCGUCGUCUUCGGAAUCAGAUACCGAGAAGAAGAAGCCCGCAGCGAAAUCGGAGGUAGAGGCGGCGGUGGAGCCGGAGACGGAGCGUUCUUCGUUGAAGAACAAAGUUUGGAGGCUUUUCGGAAGAGAAAAACCGCUUCACAUGGUUUUAGGUGGAGGCAAACCUGCUGAUGUAUUCUUGUGGAGGAACAAAAUGAUAUCUGCUACUGUACUUGGUGGAGCAACUGCUAUCUGGGUUCUUUUUGAAUUACUUGAGUACCACCUGCUCACUUUAAUCUGCUACAUUUUGAUCAUCACUCUCACAGUCUUAUUCUUGUGGUCAAAUGCAACUACCUUUAUUAACAAAAAACCUCAUAUUCCAGAAGUCCACCUUCCAGAGGGCCCCAUCCUUCAGGUGGCUUAUGCCCUGAGGAAUGAAAUUAAUCGUGCUCUUGCUCUGCUGCGAGAAAUUGUAUCAGGGAGAGAACUGAAGAAGUUCCUUGCUGUCAUUGCUGGUUUAUGGGUCCUCUCAGUUGUUGGUAGCUGGUGUAACGUUUUGACGCUGUUCUACAUAUCAUUUGUGCUCCUACACACAAUUCCUUUUCUUUAUGAGAAAUAUGAAGAUAAAGUGGAUCCAUUAGCCGAGAAAGCAAUGCACGAGAUCAAGAAGCAAUAUGCUGUGUUCGAUGCAAAGGUUUUGAGUAAAAUUCCAAGAGGACCAUUGAAAAAUAAGAGGGAAUAAAUGUGGUGGAGUUUCGUUCCUGCUAGAGACUAGAGAGUUGGGUAGCUUCUACCUUUUCAGAAUGUAAUAGCAUGUCUCUUGUAUUUACAUGGGGCUGAGUGUCAUCCUUAUAUUUGGGGUUUUAUGAACUGGCGAUAAAUCUAGAAACAAACAGUUGGGAGCGUUAUGAGUAUGUAUUUGGCUGUGGUUUCACAACAUAUCUGUGUAUGAGUUAAAUUUACAUUGCAUUCUUCUGCACUUGUUUGUAUUACUUACAAUUUUGUCAAUGUUGGGAUGGUCCAACCUAUUGAUCCAUA